UGCGAGAACUACUCAUGUCAUUCAGCUAGUAUGUCAUUGAUUCUCAUAAUUCUAUCAAUCAGCUGUAUCUACAGCGAUAUGCAUCUCUUUAGCAGUCUUACAGGGCUGAUGGGCUCCAUCAGCAGACGCCGCUUUUCCAAACCCACUACCCGUGAGUGCACAUUCUCUUUCCAGCCAGCCAAGAAGGAGAGAAGAAGGAGGGGAUUAAAAAAAAAAAGAAAAAGAAAAAGAAAAAGAUGGGAGAGUCCCGAAGUUGAAAGUUGACGAUCCAACAUUCCACAUCAAACCGGAGAUGAUACCACAGCAGGUGGGAAACCAAAGAAGAGGGGGAAGGGGAGGGGAAAUACGACAACCAAGAUUACAGACAGGAGAUCGUGAUAUAAUUAGUCCACAACAAGAAAGUAAAAGAAGACCAAGGAGAGAAGAGAGAGAGAGAGAGAGAGAUAGGAAUCAGGUGGCAGAGGAAUGAGAAAAAGCACCAAGAACCGGCCUUCGAUGGGGAGGGGGUAGUAGGGCCAAGAUAACAGGCUAGAUAGAAACAGAAGGAAUUCAAGGGGGUGAGGGCGAAAAACAAGAGAAAAGGAAAAAAGAAAUCUCUUUGAAGGAAAUGCCAUAGCCGAAGACGCUGUCGUCGCUGGGUGUCCAAUUCAGAAAGGAUUGCGCAAAAAAGGACCAAGGAAGGGGUCCAAAGGAUCGUCAAGAAAAAAAGAGAGAGAAAAAAAAAAAAAAAAAA